AUGGCCCAUAAUCUCGCCCAAUGUCGGCUCCUCGUCAAGAAAGCAGUCCAGGCAGGCGCAAAGGCCUUGUUUCUCCCCGAAGCGAGCGACUACAUUGCCGGCUCCGGCGCAGACACUGUUCGGCUGGUCAAGCCUGUUGAGGAGAGCGAGUUCGUCCUAGGCCUGCGAGAGGAUGCGCGUCGUGAAAGGCUGCCGAUCCACGUCGGAGUCCACGAGCCUGGCCUCGAUACACAUAGGGUAAAGAACACCGUCUUGUGGAUCAACGAAGCAGGCGAAAUUGCCCAUAGAUACCAGAAGAUCCACCUUUUUGAUGUCGACAUCGAGGAUGGCCCGGUUUUGAAGGAAAGCCAGAAUGUGGAGAAGGGAAGUGAGAUUGUUCCCCCGUUUGACACACCGCUGGGGAAAGUAGCUUCGACAAUAUGUUUCGAUCUGCGAUUUCCAGAAAUCAGCCUUGCUCUAAGGCGUCUCGGCGCAGAUAUCAUCACUUUCCCGUCCGCCUUCACCGUGCCAACCGGGAGAGCACACUGGGAAGUGCUUUUGAGAGCGCGGGCAAUCGAGACUCAGUCUUAUGUUGUUGCUGCUGCCCAGGUCGGUAAACAUAACGAAAAGCGGGUGAGCUACGGCCACAGCAUGAUAGUCGACCCGUGGGGAAGGAUCUUGGCCGAGCUUGGAGACACAAGUGGCGAGCCCGAGAUUGCAACGGCCGAAAUUAACCACGACCUCUUGCGGAAGGUCAGGAGAGAGAUGCCUCUUAAUAGACGAACGGAUAUAUAUCCCGAGGUCUAG